CGUGGCGUGUUUACGUAGACCCAUGUAUUCCUACAUAUAAUUUACAUACAAUUAUAAAUACAAAAUUAAAAGUGACAUGUAUUUUAUUUAAACCUCUUGUAGCAUAUACCCAUUCUCUUAUGUUUGAUCAAGACUAUGGGUUUGGUGAAUUGCCUAGGGCAGCCGACACUUUAGAUGGCGACAGAGAUACCAGUGAGGCCUAAAGAAUAUUUUACAAACGAAGAAGGCGUUUAUCGUAUACGGAUGAAAACGCGAAAAAUGGAGUGUAAGCAUGUGUCCGCCUUUGCGUUAUAUCAAAACGUGCCUAAAGAAUUGACUCCUGCAGCUGAGCCAUCAUCCUUGCAGGUAACUUUAAAGAAGAAAAAGAGGAAAGAAAAUGGUAUCCAGCACUCAAAAGCCAUUAAAAAGGCCAAAAGAAGUCAUGUGGGCAUGAAGAUGAAGAGAUUGGCACAAAAAGAGAGACUUACAGAGGAAAUAACAUGUCUAGAACGAAAUGGUGAGGCUCUAGACGCUCUGCUGAUAGACCUAUCCAAAGUCACCAACAGCAGAGAAAGAGCCAGCAAACUAUUCCAGUGGCUGAUUUUCCCCAUUCCCUCCAAGAGUUUUCUCAGGGAUACUUGGGAAAAGAAGCCCAUUCACAUUUCACGCAAGAAUGAAGAUUACUAUAAGGGACUGUUCUCCACAGCAGAGUUUGAUCGCAUCUUGAGACAUGAUGAUGUUCAAUAUGGAGUCAACUUGGACAUCACCAGCUAUACCAAUGGCAAGAGAGAGACACACAACCCUCCAGGAAGGGCUUUGCCCUUCACUGUAUGGGAUUUUUAUGAGAAUGGUUGCUCCUUGCGCAUGUUGAAUCCCCAGGCUUUUUCCUCCACUGUGUGGAAUGUGUUGUCCAUCCUUCAAGAGCACUUUGGCAGUAUGGCAGGAGCCAAUGUGUAUCUGACACCUCCUGGAACACAGGGCUUUGCUCCUCAUUAUGAUGAUAUUGAGGCAUUUGUAGUUCAGCUGGAAGGGAAAAAGCAUUGGAGAGUAUACAACCCCAGGUCAGAAGAAGAGGUCCUGCCCGUUUUCUCAAGUUCUAACUUUAGCCAAUCAGAGAUUGGGAAGCCCAUCCUGGAGGUGGUGCUGGAAGCUGGAGACCUUCUUUAUUUUCCCAGGGGAUUCAUUCACCAGGGAAACUGCCUCCCAGAUACACACUCCCUUCACAUCACUAUCUCCUCUUACCAGAAAAACAGCUGGGGAGACCUGUUGAUGAAGGUGGUCCCAGCAGCACUGGAGAUUGCCAUGGAGGAGGAUGUUGAGUUUAGACGAGGACUACCUCUGGAUUACCUGACAUUCAUGGGAGUCCAAAACUCAGACAAGGAUGAUCCACGCAGGACCCAGUUUCUAUCUCAUAUAGACAGAUUGAUAAAGAAGUUGUCCACUUAUGCCCCUGUGGAUGCUGCUGUGGAUCAAAAGGCAAUAGACUUCUUCCAUGAUUGCCUGCCCCCCAUGCUUACUCCAGUGGAACAUGACACCAGUGUGCAUGGUGCUCCUACCAGGUGGCAGGAUGGGGAGGCCAAGGAUGUGGGCAUACACAUCAGGAGCCAGACCAGAGUUCGUCUCAUUCGUGCUGGGUGUGCCAGAUUGUGUAGUGAUGGUGAGGCAGUCCAUCUUUACUACACUGCUGAUAACUCCAGGGUUUAUCACAAAGAAGAGCCUAAGAGCUUUGAAAUAAAACCAGAGCAUACCGAUGCCAUGGAGUAUCUGAUCAAUUCUUAUCCAGAAUAUGUGACAGUGGGCAGCCUACCAUGUGAAUCAUCUGAAGUGAAGAUUUCCUUGGCUGAGCUUCUGUUUGAGAGAGCAAUCAUUCACACAGCAGAUCCUCUGUAACCAUUGACAAACGUGUUCAAGGUUAGUCUUCAGAAUCUGUGAUGCUACGGUUGCCAAUGCCAUGUCACUUCCAGAAUAUGAUAUACUUUAUCUUGUUCAUUAUGUUUUGAAAUAAACCUUACAUGUUACUGUGUCAAAGUUGUUUUAACAUUUUGGAUUUGGAGUUUGUACAGACUAAUACAGAUUUGUUCAUACAAUCUUACUGCAUUCAUGUCUUAAAAUGGUUUGUGGCAUGUACAAAAUAUGCGGAGCAUGCCCAGUUGGAUUAAGAUAUUGAAGAGAACAUUGAAGUGACUUAUUGAGUUACACACAGUUCCAAUACCAGGGGCGUCGCACGUGCCCAUGUAUAAAUAUGCUAUGCCAAUGUAAAAUCUGAAGUUUGAGUGUUAACAAUUUACUUUUAGUCAGUGCAUUCAUUUAGAUUGGUCCAGCACGCUCACAUUAACAAUUGAUGUCCCUGCCAAAGCUGAUAUUAAACUUACGUCCCUGAACUGUAUGUAUCCUGGGUUAAUCAAGGGAAGUUUCAAUAGUGCAUUGUGUUGCACACUUCUUGUACGCAGCAAACUUGGAAGAAAAAACGUUAGGAGUAAUGAGGGGCCCAGUAGACACCAUUGUUGUUAGCUGACAACGCUAUUGGCUGAAUUACUGUCAACUAUAAGAUGGCCUAAUGAGAGGUAUCACCCUUGCACGUGGGUAAUGAUGCGUCAUAUUUAAUCUUUUACAUUUAUUUCAGUAACUUUUUGAAUAAAUUGUACGAGUACUUUUAAUGCAACAUACUUUUACUCAACGGGUGAUUUGGAGGAGACGGAACAUCCCUGGGCUCACGUUCCAAGUAAAACUACGUUUUCCUUACAGACUGCCAAAAACAAUAGUUAAAUUAUUCUUUGUCUACCUAAAAAUAUGGAAAUUUCUGCCUUCAAGAACUCAAGAGAACAUGCGUGUGAAUUGUACCCAGUUACCUCUUUGGAGGGCCAUGUUAUCCCAGUACAAAAAAUAAAGCAUACCAACUGAAGUUAAUGGGCUUAUCAAUGUCACUGCUUCAUCAUUAAGGCAUGAGUAGAUCUUAAUAGGC